AUCUGCCACCUGUGACCUACAUAGCAAUUACUGUACUGCAUUCUUCCCUUUCUUGCCGGUGUUCUCAACAAGCUCCGAAUUGGCUAAGCAUCAUCAUCACCUUGUGACAGAAAAAGAAACUCGGGCUUUGAGAGCGUGUGGGCAAGAUGGAAACCAACUUCUCCUUCCCUCUGAAUGGAUCUGAUGAGAUGUUCUAUGAUCCUCCUGGCUACACCGUUGUGCUGAUCAUCUCGUUGGUGAUACUUGGGAUCACCUUUGUCCUCGGCAUCCUGGGCAAUGGGCUUGUGAUCUGGGUGGCUGGAUUCCGGAUGGCACGCACAGUCACUACACUCUGUUACCUGAACCUGGCCAUAGCCGACUUCUCUUUCACUGCUACUGUCCCGUUCCUCUUUGUCUCAAUGGUCAUGAGAGAGCAAUGGCCUUUUGGCUGGUUCCUAUGCAAGCUAGUUCACAUCGUGGUGGACAUCAACCUGUUUGGAAGUGUCUUCCUAAUUGCUUUCAUUGCCCUAGACCGCUGUAUUUGUGUCCUGCAUCCAAUCUGGACCCAGAACCACCGCACUGUAGGUCUGGCUACAAAAGUGAUCAUUGCACCCUGGAUUCUUGCUCUAGUCCUUACCUUGCAAGUUUUAAUCUUUGUGACCACAAUAAAGGAUCCCACAGGGAAUACAUACUGUACUUUCAACUUUAGAUCCUGGGGUAGCACCACUGAUGAGAAGAUCAAGGUGGCCAUCACUGUGUUGACGGCCAGAGGGAUCAUCCGGUUUAUCAUUGGCUUCAGUAUGCCAAUGUCUAUCGUUGCUAUCUGCUAUGGGCUCAUUGCUGCCAGGAUGCAUAAAAAAAACAUGAUUAAAUCCAGCCGUACCUUACGGGUCCUCACUGCUGUUGUGGCUUCCUUCUUUCUCUGUUGGUUCCCCUUUCAACUGAUGGCCCUUCUGGACACAAUCUGGAUCAAGGAGAUAUAUUUUGAAGGGAAGUACAAAAUCGUUACUGUCCUGCUUAUCCCAACAAGCUCCCUGGCCUUCUUCAACAGCUGCCUCAAUCCAAUACUCUAUGUCUUCGUGGGUCAAGACUUCCGAAAGAGACUGAUCCACUCCCUGCCUGCAAGUCUGGAGAGGGCCCUGAGCGAGGACUCAGCCCAGACUAGUGACACAACAACCAAAUCUGCUUCACUUUCUGCAGAGGUCGAGUUAGAGGCAAUGUGAGGAGGACUGGGGGACAUUUUUGAGCUCUGCCUGCUCCUACUUUGCUCCCAGUUCCAGUUUCAUCUUAUCUUGGGUCGUCCUGAGCCACUCAUCAUGAAAAAUACUUUGGUGCCCCCUUAUUGGGGGCAGAAGGACAUAAGGGUACCAUUGGUGUCAUUUUUGGUUUUUGGACCUCAGCUUAAACCCUGGGGUAAGUGGAGGUGGGAAAAGAGAACAAGAGAAAGAGUGAUGGGGAAUUUGUGAAGCUUAGAUGGGAGAAUCUAUCAAGAGGAAAACUUUAUUAUUUCACCAUUAAGUAAGAUGUUUGCUGUAGGGUUUUUUUAAAGCUAUUUUGCAUCAGACUCCAGAAGUUUUCUAUUCCUACUUUAUUAAGAGUUUUCUUCUUUUUUAAAUUAUGAAUGGCUAUUGGACUGUAUCUAAUGCAUUUUCUGCAUAUAUUAAGAUGAUCAUAUUAUCUUUAUCCUUUACAUCAUCAUAAGCUACUCUGAUUAAUUUUUUAAUGUUAAACUAUCCUGCAUUCCUAGAAUAAAUCACACUUGGUCAUGAUGUAGUUUACAUGUUUAUAAUUAAUCUCACUAGAUUGUUUAGAGUUUCCACAUUUAUUUUUAUGUAAAGAUGUGUCUGUUAUUUUACUUUCCUCUAAUGUCCUUGUCAGGUUUUACAUCAAACUUAUAAUGGCCUCCUAAAAAGAGUUGGGAAGGGACUCCUCUGAUUCUAUUCUCUGGAGUUAUAUCUUUUAUAAAUGUUUAGAGAAAUUGGCCACUGAAGCCAAUGGAGUCUUAGGUUUUCUUUCUGGGAAGGCUUUUAAUGACAGUUUCAAUUUCUUUAAUAGUUAUUGGACUAUUCGGAUUUUCUAUUUCCUCUUCUGUCUGUUUUGGUAAAUGUGACUUUCAAGGAAUUUAGCCAUUUCACCCAAACUGUCACACUUACUGGCAUAAAAUACUAUAGUAACUGUGGACAGCAUGUGGUAUGGUUUCCUUCACGUAAUGACAAUGUAAGCUGAGGGCAGGGAUUUUGGUCUGCAUUGUUCGCUGAUGGACCUCCAUAACUUAUGUGUAAAUAGUGCCUGAUAUGUGAUAGAGUCUCAAGAAAUAGUUAUUGAAUUAAUGAAUCAAUAAACAAUAGUAUCACCCAGGUGUCA